ACUGUCCCGCCUCCAGCAAUACUGCUCUACAGAAAGGAAAAAUGAAGCCAGGAAGAACAAUAAAAAGAAACUAAAUAACACACACAAACACCCACUCUGCAUCCUUGCAUUUUUAUUUUAUUUUGCUUUCUAAUCUAAUUGGAUACCUUUUUUUUUACUAUUGGGAGGUUUUUCCCUGUGUUGGAUUAAAUGAGAAGGAUUAGCAUCAUAUGUGUGGUGUGUGUGUGAGGCUAAAUUAAUGGAACUGCACACACUGUGCUACUGCGAGAGCUCGGAUUAGACGAGGAGAAUUGAAUUUUGUUUUUUUUUUGUGUGUUUUUUUUGCUUGUGCUUCUGGGUUGCCUGGGUGCCCUGAAAGGUAUUUGCUUCACAGGGAUGCUUAUGUGACAGUGGGAAGCUUUUGCUUAUGCAUUUCAUUCCCAGUGAGGAUGUAAUUCAAAAUAACCUAUGCAAUUCUGGAAGUUAUUUCAUGGAUUCAAUUAAACAGGGAAACCCAACAUAAGAACCUUAUUUGGGAAGGCAACGUCAAGAAGGGAAUGUCCCUUAAAAGCCAACAAUGAAAACACCUUUCAGAGGGAAAUUUACAAUUAAACAUUCAGAGUAGAAGGAAGAGGAGGUGGAAUGCAGAGAACGAAGAGUGAAAAAGCGUCAGAGGGAUCCAGUGUUCACAACUAAAAUAUAACGGUUACAAAAUUUAGUUUUUUGGGGCGGGGUUAAACAUUUUAUUUUUUCAAUUUAUUAUUACUAUUAUUUGCCAGUCUCCAGCUAUAUUAUUCUUGGAAAAUAUGGCUCACCCUAGGAGAGAAGGGUACGACCAUCGGGACAUAGUGGUAAAAUACAUUCAUUAUAAGCUGUCACAGAGGGGUUAUGAAUGGGACGAGGGACAGCAUCAGGUGUCCUCUCCUAAUCUUUUAGAUCCUGCUGCAAAUAAUAAUCAUUCUGAUCAUGAAGGGUUGUCUGGCACACCUGCAGAUCCACCUGGGCAUCCCCAUACUUCAUCUAUGCCUGCUGCUACUGCUUUCUCAGAUAAUACAACCAGAAGUAAUGCACCUCUUACUCUUGUAGACAGUGCACCUGCUGCUCUUAUAAACUCAGCGUCUGCUGCUUCCCCAGUCCCUGCAUCCCGAGAGGAGCUGAACAUUACACAGAGAAAUUGGAAUGUUGAUCCAGAUGUAGGCCUAGCAGUAGAUGAUGAGCAUGCUAGUAAUAACCUUUUAAGGCCAGUUCCUCCAGCAGUGCUCCAGACCUUGAGUCGAGCAGGAGAUGAGUUUGCCCGUCUGUACCAUCAGGACUUCAGGCAGAUAUCAGGACUUCUCCAUUUAACCCCAUCCACUGUACGGCUGCGAUUUGCAGCAGUAGUUGAGGAACUCUUUCAAGAUGGGGUGAACUGGGGGCGCAUUGUAGCUUUUUUUGAGUUUGGAGGUGUUAUGUGUGUAGAGAGUGUGAAUCGAGAGAUGUCACCUUUGGUAGACUCCAUUGCAAAUUGGAUGACUGAGUACCUGAACAGACAUUUGCAAAACUGGAUCUUGGAUCAAGGAGGCUGGGAUGCUUUUGUGGAAUUGUACGGCAGCAGCGUCAGGCCUCCAUUCGAUCCAUCCUGGGUAUCCAUCAAGACGAUAUUAGGUAUUGCGGUAGUUGGAGCCUGUAUUACUCUAGGUGCAUAUCUUGGACACAAGUGAACAUCCUCUAGCUGAACACGUUAUGAAGAAAAGGACAAUUUGAUGUGUAGAACUUAAGGACCAAUUGUAAAAUCAGCUAUAACUGCCAAAGGAGGUUUCAUAUUGGGUUUUUUUUGUUCUUUAUUUUAAAAAAGAAAAAAAAAGGUUUUAUUUUAUUUAUUAAAGUUCUUUACAUUUCAAGCUAAGCCUCACCAUCCUGACAGCUUACGUGCUACGAACGAAUCUACCUGAUUUUUUUCACAGAUUCAUUUUACACUCAUGAUUAAAUCUUAAGAAUGAUGUUUUACUUUUAAAUUAGUACUAAAAUAUCUUGACUACUAGUUGUUAGAAAAAAAAUUAGUCAAGAUAUUUUUGUUUUCACUGAAUCUCAACCAGGGUGUAUAACUAUGAUUAAUCCUACACAUAUCAUCUUUGGUUCAUCCGGUUUGCAGAAAUAUUUAGCAUUUUCUGUAGCAGUGUUAUCAAAGAUGGUUUCUUGAGUAAUGUUUAUUGACUUCUGAAAUUUAAACAUUGAUUUUAACACAAAACAGUUCAAACACUGACACACAAAGAGCAGAAUUAUUCAUUUCAGUGUUGUGCCCUCUCCCAUCAUAAAACUGCUUUAUUAGACGAACGAAGAGUAGAGAUGGUAAUUUCACAAAAAGUAGCUGUAGUUAUUUAUACCAAUAUGUUGCACACUUCCACACAUGAAGAUAACACUGAAAAAAACUAAAUUUUUAUGUUGUCAUUUAAAAAAAAAAAAUGUACAUCCACGUUUCAAUAGCAAAACAUUGUAGUUUCCACAGUUUGCCCUAGGUACUUUUUUCACUGAAAUGCAACCGACCAUGUAUUGCAACUGAGCUAAGGAACUGAGGAAUCCUAGCUGGCCCAAACUCUAGUUGCCAAAUAAAAAGAUUUAUCUAAAUGCAUGGCCAAAGUGAAAUCUAAGACAAAAAAAAGCUAUGUACUGUACAUAAGAGCUCUAUGCCAACAUACACAUAUAUUGAUGUUUUAAUAUGGGAGAUUACCUAAAAUAAUAAUCCAAUGACUGACACAAAAGAGGAUUACUUAUAUGUCCAUCUAAAUCUAUGCUAAUUUUAAAAUUUGAUUUUUCUUUCUUUUAAUAUCAGAGUAGAUAGUACUAUUGCAAAGCUCUGUUUUUGUACUUAUUUUCCAUAGAAUAGAAAUAGACCAAUUAUAAUCCUCUCGUCUGGGUUCUUUAAAACUCCAUGCUUGUAUUUAGUUCUUUGUCAAAGGCACAUAAAACACCUAACUAACUGUGCUUUAUGUCUUGCUAUAUAGUCUUUGCCAUCUAUACUGUAAUCACACGUAGGAUAGAGGUUAAUAUGCAACAAUCUUUUAUUUUCCAACUGACAAAACUAAAAUAUGUUUAAAAAAAAUAUAAAAACUGUUAAAAGAAAUAGAAAAAAAAGUGUUUUUUUUAGUAAAAAGAUCUAAAUGGCUUUAGUUCCUUUCAUUUGCAUGUGUAGGAGGUUGUAAUGAAACUGACCUGGGAUGUCAUUUCACCCAAGGUCAUUUUUCUUAAAGGGUUAUACAAACCCCAAACCAAAAAAAAUUAAAAAAAAUUCUAAGGAGCAAUAAAUUACAACAAAUAUGCUAA